CGCAUGCGCCUUCGGCAGCGCCGCUCCCGCCUGGAGUCUCCGCGCAUGCGCUCUGCUCCGCUCUAGGGCGGGUUGGCUUUUCCCGCCCAAAGAUCGUGAGGCGCGCGCUGCUCCUCGUGCGCUGCUGAGGAGCUGAGGGAGCUGAGGGGGCUGAGGGAGCUGAGGGGGCUGAGGGGGCUGAGGGAGCCGCGUGCGCGGGAUCCUUGAGCGGAGGCGAGUGGUAGUUGUUCAGUGAAGCUGUUGUGUGGCUAGAGCAAUACUGCAGGUAGUUCCGUGGUUGAUACUAAAUGGGCGCUGUGCCGAUAAACUGUAGUUCUUCGGCUGAAUUCGUUCCCUCAGGCACCAUGAAGGGCUGCGUUGCGUCCUUUCAGGCCCACAGACAGAAGGCGCAGCCUGCCGCUCCUGCUUGCCACAGGCUGCGUUUGUUAAAGAACAUGGAGCCAGGAGAGCGUUAGAGACCAGAGUGAGGUGGGAGCGUGUGACAGAACAUCUGUGAGAAAGCAGGAGAAAUUCCUAUUGCAGACACGUGAGGAAGCAGUGGAACCAGCAGAGUGUAGAGUGUUGAAGGGCAGGAACACCUGCUGCAAGGAUUAUCCCGUCAGAGCCCAUAGGACUGCACGUGAGCAGUUGGAACAAAUAGCAAUAACAUCCAGAUUGUCGUGAAGUCCUGUGCAGGUGGCUGCAUGGAAGGGGGUCGGUACCACAGCACAGUGAUAGGAUGGAGCUCACAAUCCGGCCGCAGUCAUCAGGUUUGGGCCGCUUCACCUCCAGAGCCGUGCUGAGGGUUUUCCCUCAUCCUUGGUGUCCCGAGGCAGAGGAGUGUUGGACUGGCAGGAUGGGCACAUUUGCUGGAAUUGUGAUGUCCUGAUAAUAAUUUUUCUUUGGUGCCUUCAAACUAAGAUGACAUCGCUUUACAUUCCAUAUGUGAAUUAAUGUGCCUUUACUCUGUGGCAUUUUCAACCUGCGAUGUAUCUGCUGCCUGGAAGGCAGUGCCCCCUGCUGUACCUGCAGUCCUGUACUGAGCCUGAACUUUGGUGAGGAGCUAUAACUGCAGGAGAACAUUUUCAAGUGUGCGGAGAAUGUCAGAAUAGUCCAUGAACACCACUAAGACCUUUAUUCUAAAGGACUGGGCUUUUCAACUAUAACUGAGCUUUAAUUCUACUGAAGAUCCAUUACAUACUUCAGAAAACUCAAAUGUGAAUGUUUUGCCAUGAUUGCCAAAAGGUUUUAGAUCUGUGCGUCUGAUGAAGAAUGACACCAUGAACUUCCAGAAGUUCUCCUACACUAAUGAAGAUGAAGCCUGGAAGACCUACCUGGAGAACCCCCUGACCGCAGCAACUAAGGCCAUGAUGAGGGUGAAUGGAGAUGAUGACAGUGUGGCUGCCCUGAGCCUCCUCUAUGACUACUAUAUGGUCCCAAAGGAGAAGAGGAUUCUUCCAUCGGGUAUGAUGGGACGUAAUGAACUAGGAAAGAGGCAGUGCCACGGAAUGGAGUAUGACUCGGAUAUCUCGUCUUUUGACGGCUCAGCCCAUCUCAUGAAGCUCUUGUCUGAAAACCCUUCCAUGACCCAAGAAUAUUGUGAACCACAGAAGAAGAAUGGCUUAAGUCUUGAAGGCAUCCCUACUCCUCAUAAGCCAGUCAUGCUUCCACCAGGAACCAGCAAGCUGGAUGCCACCCCAGACACCUAUGUGGUCCCUCCAGGGGACUUGUAUGACAACAGCUCAUUGAACUCCCUCUUCGAGACCAACUCCAUGGCCACACCGCAGCAGAGGUGGCAGCCAGACAGCACUUUCAAAGAGGAUCCUCAGGAGUCUCUACUCUUCAGCGAUAUCCUCAAGCCCCAGCCAGAGCCACCCUGCUCCGAGAGUUAUCCUACAGAUGGUGUUAAGAGUGAUUUUGAAUACACCCUGGGGUCGCCCAAAGCCAUUCAUAUAAAAUCUGGGGACUCUCCCAUGGCCUACCUCAACAAAGGACAGUUCUACCCCAUCACGCUGCGAGCAGCUGGAGACAGCAAAUGUUUACACUUGUCCUCAAAUAAAGUGAAGAGUGUUGUGAUGAUUGUUUUUGACAAUGAGAAGAUCCCGACAGAGCAGCUCAAGUUCUGGAAGCACUGGCAUUCUCGCCAGCCCACAGCCAAGCAGAGAGUCAUUGACGUCGCUGACUGUAAAGAAAACUUCAACACGGUUCAGAACAUCGAGGAGUUGGCCUACAAUGCGCUGUCCUUUGUGUGGAACAUCCAUGAAGAAGCAAAGGUGUUUAUUGGGGUGAAUUGCCUGAGCACCGACUUCUCCUCUCAGAAAGGAGUGAAAGGUGUCCCGCUGAACCUCCAGAUAGACACUUACGACUAUGGCUGUGGGACCAACCAGCUGGUGCACCGCGCUGUCUGCCAGAUCAAGAUAUUCUGUGAUAAGGGAGCAGAGAGAAAAAUGAGGGAUGAUGAACGGAAACAGUUCAGAAGGAAAGGAAAAUGCCUGGACUCCAAUAACAAUGGUCUGAAAGGCUGUUUGCUCUCUGGCUUCAGAGGGAAUGAGAUCACGUUCCUGAGGCCAGAGACUGACCUCGAAACCCAGCCAGUCCUGUUCAUCCCCAACCUCCAUUUUUCAAACCAGCAGAGAUGUGGCACGGCUCUUCCUCCUGCUGUUCCCAACUCUUCAAACAGGCUGCCCCUAAAGCGGAGUGGGGCCUCAUUCACAGAUGAAUUUGACUCGGUACCUCCAAAGCAAACCAAGGAAGAAGAUCCUCAGAGAGUGCUAUUGUAUGUGCGGAGGGAAUCAGAGGAAGUGUUUGAUGCUCUCAUGUUGAAGACACCAGAUCUCCAGGGCCUCAGAAUGGCUAUUUCAGAAAAAUAUGGGCUGCCUGAAGAAAGCAUUUAUAAAGUCUACAAAAAAUGCAAAAGAGGGAUCCUGGUCAACAUGGACAACAACAUCAUCCAGCACUACAGCAACCACAUGGCCUUUCUCCUGGACAUGGUGGAAGAGGAGGACAAGAUCCAGCUCAUCCUCAAGGAGCUAUAAGGAGCCACAGUCAGCACUUACUGGGACUUCUCUUCCAGCUGGCACAUGUGACCCAACAGAGUUCAGCCCGGUGUCCCACCUCAUUACUCUACUUGAAAACUGCCAGCGGGGUGGGCCUUGCAGUGCUGGGCCAGAGAUGGCCUGGAAGAUCUGCUACUGAAGUGAGCACAGAACUUCUCUCUAUUUAGUUGGUUAUUAUUAUUUUAUUUUAUUCCCUUCUGGAGACAGGCAUGACCUUCUGUUUCCAAGCCGGGAAGGCGCAGCUGCAUUGAUGUGGCUGCUGUCUCUGGGCAGCAGUGAGGACAGUCUCUGCUCACCAUCUGCCUCAGCCAUGGUGGGUCCAGCUGCAGACUCUGGCUUUUCCCCCAGCCCAUCAGUCCCACAGAAGCCUCCAACCAUUUCCAGUAGGGCUGAGCCCAGCUCUGACCUCUGUCCACAGAGACUUUCACAGAUACGUUUAAAAAUAACUGUUAAACGGACAUUGCUUCCACACCCUCCACCACCAUCUCUCUGUAAAUACCACCAAGGCCUCUGUAGCCCCCGUUUAUACAUUUCUAAUGUAUCGUUUCUUUUAUAUUUUAUAUGUGUAUAAAUGUGCAUUGUUUUAUAUUUGACUCAGUACGUUGACACAGAGCAUUUCAAACACAGGCUGCUUCACGUUUCUCCAUGAACUCCUUUUGUAACUGUGUUGUUGGUUUUGUUGUUUUGGAUAUUCCAUAGUAAUAAAGAUUCAGAGACAGAA